ACAUUCACAAAGCCGCUAUAAGGUCGCAAACUCGGGCACGUAACAAUUUGGUAUCAGAGCCAGACAUGUCCGACCACCGUCUCGAGCAUGUGGAGAAUGAGCUUGGCUCAUUAGCUGUGGGCCAAAAGGAACUACAACAAGCUAUGAAAGCUAGUGAUGAACGUCUCUUAAAACAUAUGGAGACCAUGUUUGCUCGUUUUUCUACGCGUGGUGGAGGACAUGAGGAUGAUGUCGAGUCUUCACGCGGGUCCCAUCAUAGCCUUUCGGGAGGAUGCUCUCUCGCACCUAAAAUCACUAAGUUGGACUUUCCACGCUAUAAUGGCAUGGAUGAUCCAACUGGGUGGAUUUGUCGAGUGGAGCAAUUUUUCGAGUUCCAAAGCACAGAAGAGGCGGAAAAACUCCUCAUGGCCAGUUAUCACUUGGAUGACAACGUCCAAUUGUGGUAUCAACGUUUCAAAAAUCGGCGAGAAGGCGUCAAUUGGGAAGUUUUCAAUUACGAGUUGCAUUUACGAUAUGGGCCUUCAAGAUACCAAAAUUUCUUUGGGGAUUUCACCAAGCUUAAACAAACAGGAAGCAUUCGCGAUUACCAAAUGGACUUUGAUCGUUUGUUACAUCGAGCUGGCCAUUUGUCUGAAGAACAACAAGUCGGGUGCUUUGUGAGCAGGUUAAAGGAUGCAAUACAAGUUGAUGUGUAAGUAUGUAAUCCAAUUUCAUUGUCCGCGGCUAUCGGUCUGGCACGACUUUAUGAGUCUCGAAUGUCUGACCAACGAAAGGGAGGGUACGUGGAACCUUCGAACUCCAUCCACCAUGGGGCAUCCACCAUUAACCUCAGCAUUACUUACUUGAGCUCGUAACCCCACCAUCAAGAGGUUAAGUCUGACUGGGU